UCGGGACUCCCGGGAAGUGGACUGGCAGGGGAGGGGGCGAGCUAGCUGUAGCUCCGGACCGAGGAGACCCCGGUGUGAGGCGGCCUCUCAGCGCCGGGUGGGCUGGUGAGCCGACUCGGCGGCGGAGGAGUCUGUAAGGAACGCGUGGGCUAGGGACCGGCACAGAGGCCGGCACAGAGAAACCAUGGCCCCGCAGAACCUGGGCACCUUCUGCCUGUUGCUGCUGUACCUCCUCGGGGCCGUGAUCGCCGGGCGAGAUUUCUAUAAGAUCUUGGGGGUGCCUCGAAGUGCAUCUAUAAAAGACAUUAAAAAGGCCUACAGGAAACUGGCCCUACAGCUUCACCCUGACCGGAACCCCGAUGAUCCUCGAGCUCAGGAGAAAUUCCAGGAUCUAGGUGCUGCUUAUGAGGUUCUGUCAGACAGUGAGAAAAGGAAACAAUAUGAUACUUAUGGUGAAGAGGGAUUAAAAGAUGGGCAUCAGAGCUCCCAUGGAGACAUUUUUUCACACUUCUUUGGAGAUUUUGGUUUCAUGUUUGGAGGAACCCCUCGUCAGCAAGACAGAAAUAUUCCAAGAGGAAGUGAUAUUAUUGUAGAUUUGGAAGUUACUUUGGAAGAAGUAUAUGCGGGAAAUUUUGUGGAAGUAGUUAGAAACAAACCUGUGGCAAGGCAGGCUCCUGGCAAACGAAAAUGCAACUGCCGGCAGGAGAUGCGGACUACCCAGCUGGGCCCGGGGCGCUUCCAAAUGACCCAAGAGGUGGUCUGUGAUGAAUGCCCUAAUGUCAAACUAGUGAAUGAAGAACGAACGCUGGAGGUAGAAAUAGAACCUGGGGUGAGAGAUGGCAUGGAGUAUCCCUUUAUUGGGGAAGGUGAGCCUCACGUGGAUGGAGAGCCAGGAGACCUGCGGUUCCGAAUCAAAGUUGUCAAGCACCCAAUAUUUGAAAGGAGAGGAGAUGAUUUAUAUACAAACGUGACAAUCUCACUAGUCGAGUCUCUGGUGGGCUUUGAUAUGGAUAUUACUCACUUGGAUGGCCACAAGGUACAUAUUUCCCGGGAUAAGAUCACCAGACCAGGAGCCAAGCUAUGGAAGAAAGGAGAAGGGCUCCCCAACUUUGACAACAACAACAUUAAGGGCUCUUUGAUAAUCACUUUCGAUGUAGAUUUUCCAAAAGAACAGUUAACAGAGGAAGCAAGAGAAGGUAUCAAACAGCUACUGAAACAAGGAUCAGUGCAGAAGGUAUACAAUGGACUGCAAGGAUAUUAAGAGUGAAUAAAAUUGGACUUUGUUUAACAUAAGUGAAUCAGCGAUAUUUAUUAUCAACAGGGG